AUGCGCUUGAACUUCAGCGAGCCGCCAACCCCGACGCUGAGUCGCCAAAACACCUCUUUGCAAGGGCGGCACCACCACCGGCGGUUGACACAUCCGCAUUUACUGUCGUCGCGACAGAAGCCAAGAAGAUGGCCGCUGGUCUUCCGCUUCAUCAAGGGGGCUAUUCACGCGCAGAUCCUGCUACCAGUCUCUCUGCAUGCCAUCUUCACAGCCUUUGUUGUCUACCUUGAUACUUAUGUUUUCGACACAGUCGGGCUCCCGACCAGCAUCAUCCCUUCACUGUCAAUCGUCGUAGGUUUGAUGCUUGUCUUCCGGAAUCAAACCUCAUACAAUAGAUUCUGGGACGGGCGCAAUGCCAUGGCCACCAUGAACACCUGCUUGCGAAACUUAACCCGCACUAUUGUCACCAACAGCUACAGCUCAACUCGGGGUCCGCCCACACUCGCUGAGCGCGAGGACAUCGAGCGUACUAUCCGCAUUCUUAUGGCUAUCCCCUUCGCAGUCAAGAAUCAUCUGCGUGCUGAAUGGGGAGCUGCUUGGGCUGUUGGUGGUGCGCUUGGGAACGAGUUGGAUGAGCGCGGUACCGCGGCGUAUAACCCUGACUAUGCGGGGUUGCUUCCAGCUGGACUGGAGGGUCAUGAAGAUGAAGGCCUUGGACUCCCAUAUCAACUCACGUUCUUUGUGGAUGGAUUUAUUAAGCGUGGCGAGGACCGUGGGUGGUUCAAUGCGCCUGGUGCGAGUCAAAUGCAGGCGCAGCUGAACACAUUCCUGGAUGCGUAUGGGAAGAUGGAGACGAUUAAGUUGACUCCGAUGCCAGUGGCUCAUCUCAUCCACCAGAAACAGGUCCUUGCCCUCUUCGGCUGCGUCCUACCUUUCGCAAUGGUCGAUGAAAUGGGUUGGUGGGCCAUCCCGAUAGUCUGCCUGGUGAUAUUCACACUGUAUGGCAUUGAAGGUAUUGGUUCCCAGCUGGAAGAUCCUUUCGGCUAUGACAGGAAUGACAUCAAGAUGGACGCACUUGUUGGCGACACUAAGACCGAGAUCGACGUUGUCCUCACUGAGUGGCGUGCAUACUCGAAGGCCAUGGAAAGUUCCUGGUACGGCAAUGAUGGAGCCCGUGGUCACGGGGAGCGAUGCUUGGACGCAGGCUCCAAGCCAGGUGCGAAUGGAGAUAAACCCACCCAAGGAAAGUAUGCACCUCCCGAUCUGUUCUUGAGACUUAGACCGCGUACAACGGGGGAUAGCGGGAAUCGGGAAAACGCAUAA